GUGGUGCUGUCGCCCCGCUCGCCCGCGUGGAGAUGCACCAGCCAGGCGCCCCCCGGGGCUGCGUCCCCGCAUGGGGGCCCUGAGUGCCGGCUGUGCCGCCGCCCCCAUGAGCGUGCCCGGGCGCCCCCGCUCACAGCGCUGAGCCGCCGAGGUCCGGAGCCGUGGGUCGCCAUGCGCUGGGCUUGGGCCAUGGCUGUGGCUCUCCUCUGGCCGCAGCUCGCGCUCCUCGGGGACGUCAGGGCCCAGCAGGAGCCCAAGAGGCCGCGGCAGCCGGGUCAGCGCACCGAGCCCCCCAACGCCACCGUGUCCAACAGCGAGGGGCUGCCGGCCUCCCGCAAGCCGCCUGAGGCCUUGGGGCCUGAGUUCUCAGAUGCCCACAUGACAUGGCUGAACUUUGUCCGGCGGCCGGAUGAUGGGGCCUCGAAGAAACGGUGCCGAGGCCAGAACAAAAAGUUGCGAGGCCUCUCUGGCCCUCCAGGGCCUCCUGGGCCCCCUGGCCCCCCAGGCCCCCCUGGUGUGGAAGUCACCCAGGAGGCCCUGCUGAGGGAGUUUCAGGAGAUGCUGAAAGAGGCCACCGAGCGUCGGUUCUCAGGGCUGCUGGGCCCGUUGCUGCCUGAGGGGACAGGCAGGCGGCUGGUGGCUGAGGCCUUCCACUGCCGGCUGAAGGGCCCUGUGCUGGUGGACAAGAAGACUCUGGUGGAGCUACACGGCUUCCAGGCUCCCACAGCCCAGGGCGCCUUCCUGCGGGGGUCUGGCCUGAGCCUGGCCUCGGGCCGGUUCACAGCCCCGGUGAGCGCCAUCUUCCAGUUCUCCGCCAGCCUGCACGUGGACCACAGGGAGCUGCAGGGCAGGGCUCGGCUGCGGGUCCGGGACACCGUGCGGGUGCUCAUCUGCAUCGAGUCCCUGUGCCAUCGCCACACGUCCCUGGAGGCCGUCUCGGGCCUGGAGAGCAACGGCAGGGUCUUCACGGUGCAGGUGCAGGGGCUGCUGGAGCUGCAGGCUGGACAAUACGCCUCCGUCUUCGUGGACAAUGGCUCUGGGGCAGCCCUCACCGUCCAGAGCAGCUCUAGCUUCUCUGGCCUGCUCCUGGGCAUGUGAGAGCACCGGCCAGGGCUGGGAGAAGCUGCCGUCAAAGAGGACUCGCUGAGGCUGUGGAGGGGCUGCCCAGCCCACCCCCCACUGCCCUCUGUUAUCUGUGGUCACGGCAAUAAAGCACCCCGAGCCCUC